AUGGACGACCCCCUGGCCAGAGCGGCCAGCGAGCCGCUGCACGAGAGCCGGUCGAGGCAGAAGAUCAAGCCCGCGCCGACGACGUUCUUCGACAUCCUGGUGGAGAAGGACGUGAGGAAGCGCGGGCAGAAGAUCGCCGCAGCGGCGCAGGCGAGCAUGAACAUGGAAGACGCGCUGGAGGAAGCCCUGUCAAGUCCACCUUCUGAUGUGGUUCUCGACCCGUCAGCUCACGUGAUGGCCGACCUGCCGAUCUUCCUGCAGCAGCUGGCGGGCGACGUGUACCUGGACAAGUCCAGCGUGCGCCUCUCGAAGCGCCUUGGCGAGGGCGGCUUCGCGGUGGUGCACAAGGCGGAGCUCAAGGGGCCCGGGGGCGCCGGCACUGUGGCCAUCAAGGCGCUGAAGCCUGGCAUCAUUGAGGACGACGAGGACAUGAAGGAGCUCAUCCAGGAGGCGAAUCUGUUGAGGAAGAUGGAACACAAGUACAUCGUGCGCUUCUGCGGAGUUGGCAGUUACGAGACUGAUUCUGUGUGCGCCAUGCGAGAGACUGUGUUUUUCGCUGAGGAGUUCAUGGGUGGGGGCACAUUGAAACACCUCAUCCUGGAGCAAAUGAAAAAGAAGCUGCCAAGAAAGUACAGGCUGGUGGAGGCUCUGCGGUGGUGCACCCACAUCGCCGAGGCGCUGUCUUACCUUCACCACUGCGAUCCUGUUGUUGUGCAUCGGGAUCUAAAGCCAGAGAACGUUCUUCUGACAAAGACGAACACCAAGGAUGCUCAGGCGAAGAUUGCAGACUUCGGCCUGCACAAGAGACUCAGCAAGAUAAACAAGCGGCUAAACCUGAACCAUGCAUUCAACGACCUGAGUGAUAUGCAAGGCAAGGAGGAUGUGCGCUCUGCGGAGGAGGGGUCCAGCCCCCAGGUACCAGAGAGUCAUUCAGCUAGCAGAGAGAAACCCAAAAAGAAUAGUGCCCUAAAACUUAACUCUGAAGGAACACACAACAACCCAGGUCGCCUCCAGAAUGGCAGGUGCGUUGUAGGGGACAUAGAACUCACACAGCUAGGACUUGGGGGUUUGCAGACUGAGUGCAGGCUCCGGGAUGCACGCCAGCCCCAGGAGUCGGCCUUUGCGUUGCACAGCGGAGGGGUAGAUGUUAUUGAUGAGGUGAGUGGGCGGGUGGACAUUCCGCGGCAGGGCCUGCAGAGGUUGCCAUUCAAGUCCUCGUUUCUCAGCACGCUGCACACGACUCUGAGCCUGGAGAGCGUCCCUGAGGAGGGGGCCCCGCCUGGCAGCUUCACAGACAUGGGCAACAUCCUCCCGACGUUUAGUUGGUCUGAACCAGGAAGCAUCAGCGUUGUGCGCUCGCCUCCAGAGGGUGCCACUCUGGCAGACCAGGCAGAGGCUGUCAGCGAUGAUGACAGGGAUGUUGCUUGGCCUGAUGACUGCAGCUCAGAUUACAUUGAUAGGAGCGAUUCGAGUGCCAUCAUGGGAGAGGGGAAGGUACAUGGCGGCUUUGUGGGUGCGUUGAUAUCUCGAGGGUCCUCGGCAGAGGACCUCGAGGCAUUGCUGACAUCUCCACAUGCUUGUCAGUCCACGAGUGCUGAACGGGCAACAAGAGGGCCCCCAGGAUCUGCAAAUGAUGAAAGGGGCCCCUGGUGGCACCAGAGAGCUUCGACAAGCGGGAGGCCGCCCCAUGGGAUUGCAGUACAUAACGAUGAGGCUGAUGUCGCAGAGACCAACAGGCUGCUGGGUGGAGGGCCAAAGGAGAGCGCUCCAGGACGAGCUGAGUGGACAGUGGGGAGCGGGCGUGGGUGUGGCCACUGCCUAAAGCUGUUGAACUGCAGUGGUUGCAAGGUGUUGCCUUUGUCAAGGCCUGGGGAGGGUGCGGCAGCGGGUGUGGCAUGUCGAGGAUGCUCAGAUCGACUUGAGUGCAGCAGAGGCAGCCGCCAGUCGGCUUUGCAGGUGCUCGAUUGCAAACUAGCCUGUGUAGGGUUGCCGGAAAAAGGAGUGUCCCAAGUUUUCCCCUCUCUUUCGACCCUCUCGAUCUUGCCCACACCGGAUGACCAGUGCCCUGGGUGGCCCGAUUGA